AUUUUUUCUUCCUGUAUUUCUUGGCCCACUCACACCUCACCCUCCUCCUCAACCUCCUUUUUGCUUCAGAUUUUGUCUUUCGGUGGCUUUGCGUGCACUGCUCCUCCAUCACUGUUUCUUGUGGGUCUUUUGAUCCUAAUUCGCUUCAAGAUUCAAUCGCAUUUCCAGAGAUGGGUUAACAGAAGCUAGAGAAUUUUGAGAUUUUUAAGAUCAUCGCGAGGAAUGUCGAGUUUAGAUACGGAAUUAUCGAAGAAGACGUCGAUUAUGGGUCUUAAACUAUGGGUGGCGAUCUGCUUAUGCGCUGGUGUAUUGAUCUGUAUCUUUCUGUGUCUUUUAUCAAUGUGGGUCACAUGGCAAAGGAAGUCAAGAAGAAGAAACCGAUACCCACUUUCGCAAAUACCAAAUGUAUCGAAAGAUAUCAGAGUUGAUAGUGUCGGGGGCCCGGGCCCACAUAAUAAUUUUGAACACCCAACAGCAACCGGUAAUAAUGGACCCGGUGGUAAUAAUAAGAGUUCUGGAAAGAUGCUAUUUCAACUUGGAGUGAGUAAAUCUGGAGGUUCUGAUAAUGGAAGUCACGGAAGUUCAAUGUACGAAAGGGGGAGGUCACAAUCAGCCGAAGAAGGAACUUCCGGAAGUAUCUGGAAGCAGUCUUCGUUGUCUCAUGGAGCAACAGCUUCUCCUUUUAUCGGGUUACCGGAAACCUCACAUUUAGGGUGGGGCCACUGGUUUACUCUGAGGGACCUUGAGCAAGCGACACGUAGAUUCUCCAAUGAAAAUGUGGUUGGUGAGGGUGGAUAUGGGGUGGUAUAUAAAGGCACAUUAAUUAAUGGGACCGAAGUAGCAGUGAAGAAGCUGCUUAACAAUUUGGGGCAAGCAGAGAAAGAAUUUAGAGUUGAAGUGGAAGCUAUAGGGCAUGUUCGACACAAGAAUCUUGUUCGGCUUCUAGGGUAUUGCAUUGAAGGAACCCAAAGGAUGCUUGUUUAUGAAUACGUGGACAAUGGAAACCUUGAACAAUGGCUUCACGGAGACACUCGAGAAAGUGGUGUGCUUACUUGGGAAGCACGCAUGAAGGUCCUUCUUGGUAUUGCAAAAGCGCUUGCUUACCUGCAUGAAGCUAUAGAACCAAAGGUUGUGCAUCGAGACAUAAAAUCAAGCAAUAUUUUGAUCGAUCAUGAUUUCAACGGCAAACUUUCUGACUUUGGAUUGGCCAAGCUUUUGGAUUCCGGAGAAAGUCACAUAAAUACCAGAGUUAUGGGGACAUUCGGUUAUGUGGCCCCGGAGUACGCAAAUACGGGCAUGUUAAACGAAAAGAGCGAUAUUUAUAGUUUCGGUGUGCUCCUUCUGGAAGCAGUAACUGGAAGAGAUCCAGUGGAUUACAAUCGUGUUGCUAAUGAGGUCAAUCUUGUUGAGUGGCUGAAAAUGAUGGUGGGAAAUAGAAAAGCAGAGGAAGUUGUUGACCCAAGUCUUGACCCGAAACCCUCAACACAUGCUCUAAAACGUGCACUUCUGGUGGCGCUUAGAUGUGUUGAUCCUGAAUCUGGGAAACGGCCUAAAAUGAGUCAAGUCGUGAGAAUGCUUGAUUCAGAUUUCCCAUAUCGUGAGGAACGAAGGAACAGGAGGAGCCGCACCGCCAGCAUGGACAGUGAUACCAUGAGUGGUUCUGCUGACAUAGAACGCCCUGCCGUCUAAACAGAAAUCUGACCGGUUCCCUUGUUGAACAGAAUUAACAAAAACCGUUGACGGGUUGAAAUCGUUCUUGCUUGAUCACUAGCAAGAGUGAGUGGUGUAUGGUGGUAAAUCCAAAAUGAUGAAAGAUGUAAAUCACAUAACAUGAGACAGGGUUUCAUUUUUCUUUUUUUCCCCCUUUUUGUGUUAAUAAUAAUCAUGAUCAAUGAAGUUUUUGGUUCUGUUUUAGGUUGGAUGGACAACCUUGACGGUCCUUUUUAACAGACAAAUUUUACUGUUUGUGUGACCCAA